CAUACAUCUUCCAUUGACCUUGGAAAACACCUUUACUUUCCCCAAACAGACAUUCGUCUUAGUUUCCCGAGUUUUUUGGAUUUUUGGAGCCUCAUUAUUUAUUAACAUACUUAACUUAAUGGAAUGAAUAAUAAACUUCAUGACGCGUGAAUUGACGAAGAUCCUCUAAAAUGUCAUGCACUUUGAACUUAUGGACCCAUGACUCCGCAUUGUCUUCUCAUAGUGCUAUUAUAAACUAUGAUUUGGUACCUGGUGCUACGUUAGGAGACGUUUUCGAAGUAAAAGUUGCUCAAUCAGACGAGUAUGGCAGCGAGCAAGAUGACUUGAGUCCGCCUUCGAGGACCAAAAGUAAACGUACACAAGAAUCCAUUUACCUUAAACCUUUCCCUCUUUCGGGAGAAUUGAAGAAAAAGCAUCCAAACCUACAACUUUCUGUUAAGCAUGAACUCAGUACACUUUUAGGGAGUCAUAGUCGAGAGCCUGUAUCUGUAAAGCCGUGUACUGACAAAACAAUGAUUGAGGCAGAUCAUGUCGUAAUAUUUUUUCGUGAUCAAUUCAUCUCUAGAAGUGAUAUGUGGCGUCUGUCGAGAACUCUUUGUGAUACUUGUGUUUAUCAAAAACAGCGGGUUUAUUUUUUAGGAAAUGUUCAGGGUGAAAUAGGAUCUAUUUGGAAAAAUGGAAAAAAAUGCAAGUCUGCUUACUUUACAGAAAAUACAAGACCCAUAUUUCGAUCUGAAAGUGCGAAAUUUCUUAUAUUUAUCCAAAUGAGCGAAGAAAUGUGGCAUUUUGAAGAAGAUGGUGAAUUGAAUUACAAUAAAGCUAUAGACGGAUUUUUACCAGAUUUAUUCUCUCUAUGGAGAGAUUUGGGCGCUCAUCAUUUGAUAUCUAUUAUUUUAUUUACUCGUGUUGAAUACGGAAACCAUGGUUCAAUGUGUGUCUGGCGCCCGGAUAGUACUGGUCUAAACCAAAGGAUAAAACAGUUGUCUCACAGCUCUCCAAAUGAUAUAGAAGAAGGUGGCCCAUACAAAGAUUUCUUCAAAGUUGUUGUCGAUAACGUUUCUAGUCGAGAUUGGCAGCCCACUCUUGCCAAUCUUAAAGUCGAGCUUGCAAAAUUCAAAGAAAAUGUGUUAGUUCAAAAAAUUAUAAACGAGUUUGGUAAUGAGGUUGAUUAUGUUUGUGGCAGAAUGACUGCUUCUCAAGAAGGCAACUUCCUAGAAGUCAUAAACAUGGCAGUUUAUCAAUUUCAGUCUGACUAUAUUGAUCGAGAUUUAUCGAGAACUGGUACUAGUAUUAUUGUUGUAACACCCGGAAGCGGUCUAUAUGAAGUUGACGAGAAGAUGUUGCAUUUGACGUCAAAAAGCCUUUUGAAUACAGUUGUCGGCAUGGAUAUUGUCUCUUUAGGUAAAGUUCCUCUAUUUCAGACGCCAGUACUUCGUUAUAAAAACCCUAGUAAGAGUACCAAAAAAUCUCAACUCCUAUUACCAAAAAUUUCCGAUUCAUUUCCAGGUUCCACCGGUGGUGGCAUUCCAGAGUCGUUUACUUCUUCUGUUUCAAAUUAUUCAGUUGGUUCCUUUCUGAAGAAUAUUCGAACAAGUAGUGAUUGGUUGUAUACAUUUCCUAUAGGCUGCAAUAUCAGCUUCUAUAGUACUACCGAAAUGCGUUCCUUGCGUUCACCAUGGGAAAACCUAAUGCGUGAGCAUCGGUUUGAACCCACCGCUAAGAUGCAUGAAUUGCAAAUGAUGGGUGUCCUUGAGGCCGAGAGUGCCAAAAUUUCAAUUCCUCUACUUCAGUCGGAUCCUUCCCUAGGGGGCGGUGAUGCAUUUGAAGAAGAAGCACAAGAGGAAUAUGACGCUAAACAAUUUGUUAGCAAUCAUCUCCAAAAACCGCUAGAAACGUCUCGUCAACCUCUUCAUCGUACUACAACCCUUAGUCCUGAAAAAGAGCCCAUUCAAAACAUCAAAUUUCCUAAUUCGUCCUUUACUGCAAACCGGGAUCAUCUGCGAAAUUCAAGUGAAAAAGACAUCGAUUUUAAAAGUCGCCAAGAUGAUGCAUUACGCCCAAACACUCUUUCAAGUUUAAGCGAGAAACUGAGGGAACCAUCAAAGAAAAAUCUCAGUAUACCUUCAUUUCGUACCCCGUCGAAAAUUAAAACAUCAGGGGCUAGAUCAAGCUCCUUGAACCUGAAAGGUUUCCUUGUGCAACCUGCGACUGCAACUACUUCAAUAAAUCCCUUGGGAAUUAAAGAAGCUAUUUCAAAACCAUUUCCUGUUGAACUCCCUUCUACGGGAUCUUCUACGAGAGCCAACCAUAAUAUGGCCGAAUCUAUUACCAGACUGUCAAAUCAUCUUAGACCUAAUAACCUAGAGCCAGUUAACUUAUCACCGACAAAAGGUAUAACAUCAGAAAAGCCAUCCCGAACCCCGUGGAAGAUUAUAGAUAAUCCGUUUAAGCUAAAGCAAACUACAGCCGACAACGAUCCUGUUUCUCUGAGAUGGGAACACUUGUACAUGAAUCAACAAGACGUUAGAAGAUUCAAUUGGCUUUCAAUGUGUACGCCUGGGGCACUUCCGCUUACUUUUAGUUAUUUUCCUUCACUGGAGGAGCUAAACGAUAAUUUUGAAGAAUAUACCUAUACAGUAGGGAUUGAUCCAGAAAUAACUGAAAUGAACCAGCAGGAUCUUCUUACUGAAAUGAUUUGUCAACGAUUAUCUCGAGGAUAUCAAAUUGUUGUUAAUCCUAUAACAUCCAUUUAUUUAAAUGAGCCUUCGAGUUCGGCCAUAAAAGAAUUCUCCAGUAACUUCAAUACAUUUGUGUCGGCUCCUAACGAAGUCGGAAAUAACACCGUUUAUCUUGCCUUAGGGGACAGUCAAUUUCAUUGUCUUUCUUGUGAUUCUGUUGGGUAUAAUAUUGAAGUUAAGAGAUAUGUAAAAAAGGUUUCAGGGCACGGCAAGAUGAAGUAUGAUUACUACAUUUGGUCCAAGAAUACGCACGAUUAUGUUCCUUCUAGUAUAACGUUUAACGCUAACGAUACUGCAAAUUACAAUUGGAAUUAUGUCGAUCAGCUUAUUAGCGGGUUUGAAACUUACUUACCAGAUUCAGUUAAAUAUUGGAGAGCAAGGUUUGUAUUAAUACCUACCGGAAACUUUUCUCCAAACCUUAUACAAAAGUUUCAAGCAUCGGAGCAAGAUAGUUAUACAGAAGAAGAAUUGAGAGUCGAAGGCGUAUGCAAAUUAUGUGAAAUUUUACGCCGAGGUGAAUUCGAUCCUAUGAAUGAAAAUUCGCAGAAGACACCGCAGGUAACUUCUGCGAAUUCUCUGGGAAUUAAAUUUACCACAUUGUCUUUAAGGGACUAUAUUAACUCUGAAUUGGAAGCUAUCACCAAUGACUCUAACCGUAAUGGAAAAUCUCUAUUAAUGCCAAACAAACAUUUGACCACUGAUAUAGACAACUACACGCUAGCGAAGGAAAUGCAGGGAAUAAAUGGUUUGAAGAUAGAUGAUAUAACGUGGCACUACCGUGUUUACGAAAAUUGUUUUCUCGGGAGUGAAUUUGUCUCAUGGAUAGUGAAUACGUUCAUAGAGAUAAACAAUAGAGAAGAAGCCUUAGUUUUUGGCAAUAAACUACUAAAAAAUGGUCUAAUUGAGCAUAUCAGGAAAAAACAUCCAUUACUUGACGGACACUACGUAUACAGAUUAUCUUCCGAGUUUAAUACAAAGCCAAUGUCGACCCGUCCUUACAGGAGUUGGUUUAAUCGCAAGAAAGAAAAUCAGUCCAAAGAUUCGAAUAAUCAAAAUCCUCUUAAAGAAGGUCCUUUAAGAAUUGAACUUUCAAGGCAGAUUCUAUUUGACGCAGACCCUGAACGGAGACUUGGACGUUCAGAGAUGGUAACUUUACAUUAUGAUCUGCUUCAUAACCCCAAUACCUGUUUCCAUCUUCGAAUUGAAUGGCUUUUGGCUACUGCAAGUGUUAUAGAAAACAUGCUUCAAUCGUGGUCCAGGAUCCUUGAGCGUUAUGGCUUGGCUUUAGUUGAAGCACCAAUCCAUGAAGUUUCAGCCGUUGCAGAACUCAAUCCUUUCAAUCAGGUUUCUGUAAUUAAACUUGGGGUUGAACCACCAUCGCUUCCAGAUUACGUAUCUUAUUCUGCCGACUAUAACCAUCCAAAAAAGUGGUGGUGCAGCCAGAUAUUAAAGUAUUUUGAUUUCAUCCUUGACAGUGAGGAGAGCAAUGUUUUUCCACAGAUGGUAACCGCGGUAUAUUCAUGGGGAAAACCAAGCUUUCGGUACGUGCAAUACAUUCACAAGACGGGAAGUGUACUAGUACAAAUUGACGAUAAUCUUCAGUUUUUGUGGCUUCCUAACUUACUCCAUAAUUCUAAGGCUGGUAAAACAAGCUUUAACAAAAGUAACAAAGGUCAGAAUGUGUCCUUGAAAAAAACAGCUGAGGAACUUAAGCACUCUUUUAAGGAUUUCUGCAACAACUGCGAAGAGCUGAACAGGUUUUAUUAUACCGUUGCAAAUUCCAAGGAAGAUCGUCGAAGCAUCACUUCUGUUUCAAGUAUACUUUCUGGCGACGAAAAUGACUCUAAUAUAUAACAUUAAAGUUGGUUUAUUUUGUUUGCAUGAAUUCCUGAAGUUUAAAAUAAUGAACUUAUUUAUUGAAUGACAAUUUAUCAUGCUACUUAAAUUGGGAUAAUGGUUAAUAGGUAAUA